AAUUUUGAAAGCAGGUCUCUUCAAGUCACCCACUUCCAUUUCAUUCUAGCCACUUGCUGUGGCUAUGGGUGCAACCAAAAAGGAAUGGACUAGAGAGGAGGUCGCAGUCCGCAUUCUUGCAGGCGAUACCCUUGUUGUCUACAAUAACCAGCUGCUGCGUAUCCCCCAAGCUUGGUUAAACGCCCAUCCAGGUGGUUCACUCGCAAUUCUCCAUUUCGUAGGACGUGAUGCUUCUGACGAAAUCGCCGCCUAUCAUUGUGACCUGACUCUUGCUAAAAUGAAGUCCUAUGUCAUUGGCACAGUCGAAACUUCGGGUGGUGUUUGGGAGCCUCUCGUACCCCCAAUCAUGACUGGUUGGGUCAGGAAAUUGUCUUCUGACGGCAAGCCCACAUGGCAUAAUGAAGCCACUCCACUACCAUCCUCGAACAUCUCCUCUGAGAUCCUCCUGGUCGAACGUGACUCUUGCCUCCUUCAAAAUCAUGGUCCCACUCUCUCUAAUUUGAUUCCCCCUCCAUCAACACUUUCAUUAAAAGACCAAGCUCGGCAUUCUGCUGCUUACAAGGUGUUGCAUAGCCGUAUCAUCGACGCUGGUCUAUAUAAAACGCGUUACAUCACUGGUUAUGGCCCAGAGGUUGCACGCUACCUCCUGCUCGCCGCAUUGUCCGCGGUGGCUUACUUUCAUGGCUGGCUCGUAAUGAGUGCCGUAUGCCUCGGCCUUCUAUGGCACCAGCUCGUGUUUACCGUCCACGAUCUAGGGCACAUGGGUGUCACUCAUGAUUGGACCAAAGAUCGCCUCAUUGCCAUUAUACUAGCUGAUUUCAUCGGUGGAUUAAGUGUCGGCUGGUGGGUUGACAAUCACAAUGUACAUCAUCUGGUCACAAAUCACCCUUCGCACGAUCCAGAUAUCGCGCAUCUGCCAUUUAUGGCAAUCUCAACGGCGUUUUUCAACUCGUUAUGGUCGUCGUACUACAAGCGAACCAUGGUGUUCAAUCAAUUUUCAGCUUUCCUGGUCUCCUUGCAACAUAAACUCUUUUACAUAUUGCUUGGGUUCGGCCGCUUCAAUCUAUAUGCCAAUGCAUAUGGAUUCUUGUGGCGGAAAGCCUUUGAUCAUCGAAGAGCAAGGGGUGGCUGGUGGUCCUGGCGGCUCGAAGUCAUUGGUGUCCUCUUCUUCUGGUGCUGGUUUGGAGCAGUCCUGAAGGGAUGUGGAUCAUGGAGCAAAGCCAUUACAUAUCUCAUAGUCUCGCAUGUCGCCACAAGUCCUCUGCAUGUCCAGAUUGUUUUGUCACACUUUUCCAUGUCCACGGAGGAUUUGGGGCCAAUGGAAUCGUUCCCACACCGCCAGCUUCGAACUACAACAGACGUCAUAUGUCCUCCACUCCUUUCAUUUGUGCACGGCGGAUUGCAUCUCCAGGUGACGCAUCACCUUUUCCCGCGUCUCCCACGACACAACUUGCGUGAGGCCAGCGUACUAGUAAAGGAAUUUGCCAAGGAACAAGGCCUUGCGUAUGCCGAAUUCGGGUUUAUUAGCGGGAACGGAGAAGUGCUGAGCGUGCUCAAAGGUGUGGCGGAUCAAGCAAGGAUCGUAGGCAUGGUUGCCGAUAGCGAGAUUCGAGAGGCGAUGAACAAGAAGGCGCAAUGAGCACACGGACUCUACAGACUCUUAGACAGAGGCAUUACUAGAU